CGAAGAUGCUGUCCUACAGCGUGCUGGACGCCACGGUGGUGGACGUGGAGAAGAGGCGGAACCCCUCCAAGCACUACGUCUAUAUCAUAAAUGUGACAUGGUCUGACUUGACUUCCCAGAUCAUCUACAGAAGAUACAGCAAGUUCUUUGACCUGCAGAUGCAGCUUCUGGACAAGUUUCCUAUUGAAGGUGGCCAGAAAGACCCCAAGCAAAGAAUCAUCCCUUUCCUACCAGGUAAGAUCCUGUUCCGGAGGAGCCAUAUUCGGGAUGUGGCCGUGAAGAGGCUGAAGCCCAUUGACGAGUACUGCCGGGCCCUGGUUAGGCUUCCUCCUCACAUUUCACAGUGUGAUGAAGUCUUCAGGUUCUUCGAGGCUCGCCCAGAAGACCUUAACCCUCCCAAAGAGGACUAUGGAUCUUCAAAGAGGAAAUCAGUUUGGAUGUCCAGUUUGUCUGAGACUCCAAAAAAGAAUGUCACAGGUGCUGAUGCUAGCUCUGAACCCAUGAUCCUGGAGCAAUAUGUGGUGGUCUCCAACUAUGAGAAGCAAGAGAACUCUGAAAUUAGCCUCCAGGCUGGAGAGAUCGUGGAUGUCAUAGAGAAAAAUGAAAGCGGCUGGUGGUUUGUGAGCACAGCAGAGGAGCAGGGCUGGGUCCCUGCUACGUACCUGGAAUCACAAAAUGGAACCAGAGAUGAUUCUGACAUCAACACAUCCAAAAUUGGGGAAGUCUCUAAGCGACGAAAGGCUCACCUGAGGCGCCUGGACCGGCGAUGGACGCUGGGCGGGAUAGUCAACAGGCAGCAGAGUCGAGAAGAGAAAUAUGUCACUAUCCAGCCGUACGCCAGCCAGGGGAAGGAUGAGAUUGGGUUCGAAAAAGGGGUCACCGUGGAGGUCAUCCAAAAGAACCUGGAAGGAUGGUGGUACAUAAGGUAUCUCGGCAAAGAGGGCUGGGCCCCUGCUUCGUAUCUGAAGAAGGCUAAGGAUGAUCUUCCAUCUAGGAAAAAGAACUUAACUGGGCCAGUGGAAAUCAUAGGAAACAUCAUGGAGAUCAGUAACCUGCUGAACAAGAAAUCAGCCACUGACAAGGAAACUCAAGCAGAAAAUGAGACUUCAGAAUCCCACAUCACCAAGAAGGAAAUCAGUUUGCCCAUCUUGUGCAACGACUCUAACGGCAAUGCUAUGAUGACCCUAGACAAGCAGGCAUCCAAACUGGCCCAGGGAUCCCCAGCAAUAGCAAGGAUAGCACCACAAAGAGCUCAGAUAAGUUCUCCAAAUUUAAGAACAAGGCCUCCCCCGCGAAGAGAAUCCAGUCUGGGUUUUCAGUUGCCCAAACCACCAGAGCCGCCCUCUGUGGAAGUAGAAUACUACACUAUUGCAGAGUUCCAGUCUUGUAUCUCUGAUGGGAUAAGCUUUCGUGGAGGACAAAAGGCAGAGGUUAUAGAAAAGAAUUCUGGUGGCUGGUGGUAUGUGCAGAUUGGAGAGAAGGAAGGAUGGGCUCCAGCAUCUUACAUUGACAAGAGGAAGAAGCCGAAUUUAAACAGAAGAACUAGUACUUUAACCCGUCCAAAGGUUCCUCCCCCAGCACCUCCCAGUAAACCAAAAGACACCGAAGAAGGAACAACUCCUGGGACUGUUUCUUCAGGGGAAGCCCAGGACUCUCCCCACAAGCUCAAAUAUGAAGAACCUGAGUAUGAUGUGCCUGCCUUUGGCUUUGACUCAGAGUGUGAAGUGAAUGAAAGCCAUCGUGAAGAGAGCACUCCUGAAAAACGAUUGUUUCAGCCACUCAAGCCUUCUUCUGUGUCAUCACUUCAGAAAACGAAGUUCAAAGUAGGAGAGUCUUCAGAGGAUGUUGCCCAUGAAGAAGAGACCAUCUAUGAGAAUGAGGGAUUCAGGCGUUAUGCGGAAGAUGCUUUAUCCAACAAGGAAUCUAGUGGAGACUCUGACUCUCAGAAAAGCUCUUCUCUCUCCUUGAUCCAGAGGAACUCUCCAUGUUCCAGCUCUCCUAAAACAUCACUUGUGAAGUCCAAGACUGACAGAAGCAUCCUGCCUGAUCUUGGAAAAUGUCACUACUCUAGGAGUGAGGAGACAAAACCAAGGUCAGCUUCAGAUGUUGGCUUACGUAGCAUGCCAAGAACAGGUGUGAAGAAGGAGCCUGGGCAGAGCCCUUCCAUUAGAGCAAAGCCAAUUGUUAGGCCCAAACCCUUCCUGAACAAGGCAGAGUCUCAGAGUCAGGAAAAAAUGGAUAUCAGCACUUUAAGACGUCAGCUGAGGCCAACUGGGCAACUCAGAGGUGGACUUAAAGGUUCAAGAAGUGAAGAGUCUGAGAGCCCCCCCCACACAGCUUCUGAGAACCAAGAAGAUCCUGUUAGAAGGAGCUCAGCUGAUCUCAUUACAGCUCCUUCUCGUGGUGUUUUUUGCUCCAGCCAUCAGGCCAAAACUGAGCAAGAAAAUGAUUCCAGAUGUUUAUAUGUGACCACUGACUCAUACCAAAAGGUACAGGAUUCUGAAAUUUGCUUCCCGGCAGGAGUAGAAGUAGAAGUGCUGGAAAAGCAAGCCAGUGGGUGGUGGUACCUGAAAUAUGGAGAUAUGGAAGGCUGGGCUCCUUCGCAUUAUUUGACUCUUGCUGAUAACCAGCAAGAAACCACAGCAGCAGAGACAGAUGCCUCACUUGCCAAGAACAGGAAAAAUGAAAACAAGUCAAACAGUUUAGAGAAGAUAGAGAAGAGAGUACAGGCUUUGAACACUAUCAACCAAAGCAAACGUGCAACACCGCCCAUCCCAAGCAAACCUCCUGGUGGUUUUUCAAAAACAUCAGGGCCAGUCAAAAUGAGGAAUGGCGUGAGGCAGCUUGCUGUCCGGCCACAGUCAGUGUUUGUCUCUCCACCGCCAAAGGAAAACAACCUGUCAUGCUCCUUGCGCAGAAACGAGUCUUUAACAUCCACAGAUCAUCUUAGGACCGUCCGUCGGAAUUCCUCCUUCAGUAACGCACGAUCGCAGCCGGGCGACACCAAGGGAAAGCAGGCUGAGAGGUCGGGCACAGAGGGCUCAGAGACAACCUCCAACCUCCCCACCCAGAGGAAUGGGAUCCCCGUGUCCACUGUCAGGCCAAAACCCAUUGAAAAAUCCCAGUUCAUCCACAACAAUCUCAAGGACAUCUAUGUUUCCAUUGCAGACUAUGAAGGGGAUGAAGAGACUGCAGGGUUUCAGGAAGGUGUCUGCAUGGAGGUCCUGGAAAGGAACCCAAAUGGCUGGUGGUACUGCCAGAUCAUGAAUGGUGUGAAACCGUUCAAAGGCUGGGUGCCCUCAAAUUAUUUGGAGAAAAAGAACUAAUGUUGCAAUGUCUCUAACUUCCCUAAUUUAUACUGUUUCUGCUGUGUACAUGUGGAAAAAACAAUUGCUACACGAAAAGACGUUGUCCUGUGCCCGAGUCUGUACAAAGGGACAAAGGAGUCUGUCUAUGCUGCAGACAUAUCUGCCAUGUUCUGGAGAGGUUUGUGGGGUUAAGGUGUCAUAAGCAACUAUGAGGAAGAUACAGCAUAGUCAAAUGCCUUUUUGUGAAGUUGUUAAUAAUCUUGUAUGUGUAACAGGGUAUGACAUCCCAUCUUUGCCGUUAUUGAUAGGAAACCAAAUGCGUGCCUUUUGUGAGAGAAAUACAGAUGCAUCUGCUUGAGGAGUUUAGUGCCGAAGUCUGGUGUUUUACAGUUUUGGCUCCCUUUCUCCUCAUUCUUGUCCAUACAUGGAAUAUCCAAGAGUUUUGGAUGUGUUUCCACAACUUACUAACAGUGAGAAGCAAAUGGAAAUUGCAUUCUGAAACACAGAGGGACUCGAACCCUUUGGAGAAGCUUACUUCUUUCCUCUUCUCAGCAGUUGGUUGGUCCAGAGUUGGAGCCUUUUCAUCGUGGAGAGAUUUGGCUUCUGACUUCAGCUGUGUUUUGUUGUUACUGCUAACUCCCCAGAAAUGGCAAUCAGGUGGUAUUGGUUGGGGGCUCUUUUUUGUUUCCUUUUGUUUUCUGUCUAGUUCUUUGAGUUGGGUUUUCAGGUGUUCUAGGGCAGUGAUGCCUACCGGUGCUUAUACAAAACAAACCCCCACAAACCCUAUGCUUAAGCACAUUGAUUACUUUGUAGGCUCCAUAUUUAGUUCUGUACCUGACUCCUUCCAGGAGAUCUGAUUCUCUUCCCAGAAUUUGGUUUCUCAAAGUGAUCAUAAUAUGAAAAUGUACAAAACUCCCUUAAGGCACUGAAGACAAGAAAGCUGUCGAAGGUGUCAACUCUUUUUGUGAUCUCUCUGAGUCCAAGCAUACUGACUGCUGGCAAGGCCCACAAAAGUAUUAGUUAGAAAUAGCUGUAACCUUCUGCAACAUCAGUGUUUACAAAGAGGGAGGAAAAAAAGCCAUCAAACUCGGUCUGCACAUCCUAAUUUGUAUAUUUUGGGGGAUUUUUUUAUGUUUUGUUUUUGUCUUUUUUUUGUGCAUUCUGAGUUUACUUUAAUUUUUUUUGUCUUGGUUUACCAGAAAAGACUUAAUACUGAAGUAGGAGCCAAAUGUGUGUUUCCAUUCCCACUUGAAUCCAGAAGAGUACAUUUGUACUGGAACGUGUGUUGGGGCUUUUCAGGCUCAGAGAUCUUAAUAUCAAAGCAGUUAGGUCUAAAAUGCAUGUAAUCGGGAAGCUGCCUCUUCUAAUUCCUCUUCCUUUUGCCUUCCUUAACUCAUGCUUUGAAACGUGGCACCCAGGAGGUAGAGUGGUGGGAAAUGGAAGAGGCAUCCGUUGGAAAAGGCUUGCAAUUUGGUGUUACUCCUGAGGUAGCCAACUCUUGUACUGUAAAUAUCGGCUAAAUCCCUACUGUACUUGACAAAGUCAUGCUUUUUUUUUUUAAUGGCCUUAUUAAGCGAUUAAGAUUGAUGUUUGGUUCCUCUAAAUAAUAGGCAGCAUUGUGUAUCUAUUUUAAGGGGGAAGGGGCAGACUAUUUCACUACUGGCUUACACAAAACGAUACGUGCCCUUUCUUCCACCAGACCUUCAUACCAAUUUGACUUGGGAGGUAAAGGUUAUAAAGACUUUAAGUAGCUGGGAUUAAGGGAUUGAGUAAAAUAGCACAACAAUAUCAUGUGUUACCAGGGAUGUUUCUCUGCCAAAAAAAAAAUAUACAAUUUAUAUGUUGUUCUUGUCUUUUUUUUUUUAAUUUUUUGGUGUGGUUUGGUGUUCUUUUUUUAUUAAUUGCUUUGCUAACAUUGAGAGAGAGUCGCCUACAGCAAAGCUGGCUGAUGUCCUCUUGUUAGCUUCGAACGCAGGUGGCACGAGUGGCCACGGGCAGUGCCGCGGUCCCGGCAGCCCCCCGAGCGGAGAGGGAGGGCGUCCGGUUGGGAUCCGCUUAAACCGGGGUGGCCGGAGAAGGAGGUGUCCCCGCACGUCGGCCCCUACCCCGACGCGCGGAGCCCGCCUUGGACCUCACGUCUUGCUCCGUGAUGUAUAUGGAUGUAUCCAGUUAGCUACAUCUCUCUGGAUCUCUUUCUGAGGCGCUGCGGCCCCGUCUCUCGUGCUUCUCCCCAUUUUUAGUUGUACUAAUAUGGCAGCAGCCACUAAAGGCUGCUGGAGCUGUUGUGAGAUUGUAAUAGAAGUAUUAUAUUCUUCUGCUGGACAGUAUUAAAUAGAGCAAUACAUAGAGUUAUCUGCUAGAUUGCAGUACUAAUAGUAGUGACUUAGCGACUCGUAUUAAUGUUAUGAUUUAUUUUUAACAAUAAUGAUGCGGAAGUGGUUCAUUAUUUUGAGUUAAUGCACUUUAACAGGAAAAGUAACCAAAAUGGAAGCCAAUGCAGAGAACCAAGUGCAUUAUUUAAAGGUGCAGUAUAUAAUUAUCACUUUCUUGAAGCACAUAUUUAUUGAGAAUUAACUUAUUAUUUAACAUACACUCAAGUUUUGGUUAGAAACGUUCCCACGAGGCCGCCUCUGUGGCAGGAAGGCAAAAGCACAGCUCUCAAACCCGCUUUGAGCGGCCGCGGCCGGGGCUCCUGCCCCGGGGCCGGGAGAGCAGCCCGCGGCCCCCGGCCGAAGCGCCCUUCGCUCCCGGGGGCCCGCGGCCCCGCUGGGCUCGGGCUCGCCGGGCCCCUCCGAGUCCGCUAACGGAGAGGGUCUGCCCAAAAAGCGCGGGCGGGGGGGAAGGCCCCCGUUUCGGCGGGGCUGCCGCGUGCGGCCGAGGGGCUCGUCCCGCUGGCGGGAGGGACGGGCACUGGCCCACUGCCCAGGGCGCCCCAGCAAUGAUUUGGUCCAGCUCUAGUGUUUAAAAGGGCAUUUUUUUUAAGUAAAGACCAAAAAAGAAAAAAAAAAUUGUUCCCCUCCCCUCUUACGUUUUUCCAUGAUCUCUCAGUGAUUUUAUUUCAACUGUGGGAUCAGGAAAAUCUAUCUACAUGUAUUUUUUUUCUUUAAUCCUCCCCCCUCAGCGAGCAGCCAGUGUGUAGCGAGCUCCGCUGGCAGCCCGAGUGGCGAGCCGUGUUCCCCGCCGGCUGCGAAACCCCGCGAGCGGCCUUAAACCUCGCCGGAAAAGCCGGCUGCGGGGUGCACGACCUGGAAGGGUGACUCGGAGGACGGCGGAGCGCUGAAAGGCUUGUGGAGCUCUUCUAAACCGCUGUCGCCUUAAGCUUUAUAUACUAAAUUUGUCAGAACUGACACUGGAUCGAGAGCAAUAUUUAUAAGUAACGUACACCUCAGUGAACACUCAAUGCAGAAAUCAAUAGUACUGUUUUAAUUUAAUUUUAUUUUUCCCCACACACACACACGCUCUCCCGGUCUGAUUUAGUCUUGAACCAGACGUAAGAGGAAGAGCCCUGCGGGGCGUCGGAAAAGCCAUCUGAGGCGGGAGGGAGCCCUCCUCCGGGAGGCCGAGGAGGCUGCUGGCGCCGCGCGCUCGCCGGCUGCCCGUGCUUUCCCCAAAAGAGUCUCGAAUCCAGGCCAGCAGGAACCCCCCACAUCCGAUUCCGUGAGACCAAAUUUGAGAAUGUGAAAAUUGUGUUUUGCUGUAUACUGCAACUUUAAUGAUAAUGAGCACUUCUGAGUUCGUUAUUGAGGUUUAUAUAAUGCCUGAAAAGUUUAAUUGCUAUUUUUUUCCCUUGUCCCCCCUUUCAGAACGCUCUCUCGUAGCAGCAGCAGUAAAACAUUUUUGUUAGCUGCCCUUCCCCGGCGGAGGAAAUUCCUGUUAAUUAAUUUUCUUAGCCCUUCUGCCUUGCAAUAGGUGGGUGCAGUCAUGUGUGCUGGACUUUUGCAAGCCAAACUCCUCAAGAUAAGAUAGGAUGGGCACAUACCAGGAUAUCUAGCUGAUGUGUUGACAAGAAGCUUUUAAAUCACUAUGUGCCAUCAUAGCAAAUGCACAGAAAGGAAGGAUUGAAAUUGGCUCAUGGUUAAGCUCCUAUAAAUUGAAUUUCACAUCUGCACUUGGCAUAGCUUUGAAGAAACAAAAUCUUGGCCCUUGUGGAUAUGCACCCCAAAGACUCCUUCUGUUACGAUGCUAUAAAGUAUUGACGAAGGCAUUAUAUAAUUGUUUUCAUCACUUUCAGAUCUUAAUGAAUCGUAUUUUAUUGUAAUAUAUAUUCAUUGCUUUCCUCAGUUAAAAAGAAAGUUACUGCUUUUAUCUUAUAUGAAAAACAAGGGAAUUUGAUAAAGCAUUCAUUAUUUUCAUAUUACUAGUAUUAACAGACUAGAACUAGUACUAUUUAAUUUUAGAUCUUCAUAGGUAGCUUGUUAAUAACUCAUAUUUUCCUGUGUUGUAUCCUACUAAUUUUUUUCUGUUUUUUUUCUUCCCAAAUACUCUGCAUUCUUGAGGGAAAAAAAGAAAUCCAAUGAGUGGAUAAGUGCAAUAUUCGUAGAAUAAACAGGCCCCUCAUCCAGGACUUGGAGUGGAACGUGCAGUGUGAACUGUUUGCAAUUUUCUAUUCGUGCACUCUUAGGGGAAAGGGAAAUGCAGGGGAGAGGGGCAGCUGGAGGAGAACAGGGCCCUUAGCUAGAUUGGGACUGCUAGCUGGGAUGGUUUGGGGUGAAACAGCUACUUUUCACAAGAUAGCACCACCUAUGAGUAAAAGUGUAAAGAUUAUGCAGCAUGUUGCCAGGGUUGUGUACAGAAUGUGCGUUAAUCUCCUUGUCAGUAGAGGCCUUCUGAGCUACGCUUUAAAUACUCCUGUCAUCCAUGCAUGAUACUGUCUUCUAGUUUGUCUCUGUUGGUUAUGUCCUUUGUUUUUUUUUUCCCCCAUCUAAAGCUACCAUCAGUUCUGAAGUGUACCGCUUCUGGUGCAGCCCCAAGUCCUGAUGCUCUAGUGUUACUUGUAUUUAUUGCAGGAGCUAUGGGCGUUAUUUUUACAGUUCCUUGUUUUUUCUUUCCUUGUUGUUAAGGGGAAAAAAGCCCCCAUCUGGGUUAUUUCUCACCUGCAGAAUUUUGCAGCUGAUUUGGGUUUUGCUGUCAUAUUUUUUUGGCUUGUAAAGGCUGAUCUCUCAGGUCUAAAAAUAAAAUUGGGCAGAAACUCUGCUAUUCAAAAGGAAAAUUUUGUCUUAAAUUCUAUUUUAAGUGGAAGGAGAACUUUCAUCUGUCUAAAGUAAUGCUGACUUCUAGGUAGCAGCAAAAGCUACCUUUGCAAAACUGGACUAUUUGUAUAAAUUCAAAAGAAAUGUGAAAGCCAGAGCAUUUGAUACUCUGUGCUCCUAGGAGUACCUUUCCUCUUGCCCUGGUCCAUGUCCCUGGAACAGAGGUGUACCUCAGCUUUCUACUCCUUAGCUGUUGUCCUGCUGUUCUUAAAUUUGUGUUAGAACAUCUUAAUAUUGUUAAGAGACCUCUACAUUAAAAAAGAAAAACUGAAUUCUGCAGAUGUUUUCCAAAAUCACAUAGCUGUUGUUAUUUCAGUGCAUCUAGUAGCUUUACAAAUGAAUCUGGUUUGGAGGAGCUGACCUCAUCCUCCUUUCACACGUUCCCAUCUAAACUGGUGAGCAGCCUGCUGGCAGCUGCAGAGUUGCACUGAGAGAACCUGCAGUGGGGUGGGAACGUGGCCGCCUGAGCUGCCGCCGCCGCUCACCUGCCGUGAUCCACUUCCCUGCAGGCCACGCAGCUUGUUGAAACCCAUGGGAGCUCUGCUGCCACGUGCUCAGUCUCCAGCGGUUCCAGGUGCCGUUCCCUUUCACCCGUGUAGCAUAGUACUGUGUGUAGUUCAGUGUUUGAUAGGUACCAAUAUGAUGGUCUGAGAGCAAAUGUUUAAGUGUUUUUUGUUUGCUUGCUUGUUUUUUUUCCCUCCCCCUCCCUCUUGCUUUCAGCUACUCGGCCGAAGCAGAGCCCACCAAGGCAGCGAUGCAUGGAGAACCUGCCUGCACACUUGAACUGUUUCGUGGCCUUGCCUGGCUGUGCCCAGUGCUCGUGCUUCUCUCUCGCUCCCUCUCUGCCACUUGGCGGUCGCUUCUGCUCCGUGUUUUUGUAAUUCUCGAAGUACUGUACAUAGGGCCGGAUCCGGAGCCUCCUGCAGUUUGCCUUGGGGUUGGGACCUGGGUUACGAGUGCUGCUUCUCCUCCUCAGUCUUAACCCUGACCUGGAGCAGAGCGCAGGUUACCGUGAGAAGUCGUCCGUGACUCUCCUAGGAGAGACAUGGUCCCUGCAGGAUGUCAGUGUUGCAGCGGUCCCGAGUCUCUCCUGGCCAGUGUCCCAGCAUCUGGGCCAGGCGCCGUGGGUCUUCCCAGUGAAACCAAGCUGCAGCUUUCCUCCCAGUGCAGCACAGCAACCUCACCGAUGCAGGCAGAACAAAUCACUUUCUCCCGUUUUAUAAUGUCAGGGCUGGGCUGGUCCCAUUCACAAUGUUUUUCGUUUGUUCUUGCAUUGAGGUAGAGUCAAUUCUAGUUGGAGAGUGCAAUUUUUUGUUUUGUUUUUUAAUAAAUAAAUUUGGUUUAAAGCUUCACACUGGCGUUUUACAGACCUGUUAUUGUCAGCAUAAGCCACUACUGUCCUGAGUUGAGACUCCUGUUUGUUACUGAAUCAAAAGAAUGGGAAUUAUGUUAACAAUUUGGUAAGAAAUAAGAGGUAACAAUACUGGCAGGGGAGGGAUAGAUAAAAUAUGAGAAAAAGAUGUUUCUUAUAAGGCCAUAAAUUAUUGGGUCUAACACUGCAGGUGUUUUCUCUGUAUAGAUGGUUUUGAUACGUCACUGCUCUGUGUUAGCAUUUUUCAUUACUGAGAAAUACCGAGUUUUGUGCUCCGUAAUGUGCUGCGAUGUGUGUCCUGAAGCCAGUGAUCCAAAGUACGACAACUGUGUGUUAUAUGUUGGUGUAAUUGAGGCAUUUUGUGUGUCUGAGAGUUUUCAUACCCUGGGGUUCAGCUAACAGUCAGAGCUGGCAAGGAAAUCUAUUCCAGAUCUGCCUGUGUUGGCCCUCUGCGAAAAUAGCCAUGUGUUAGUGACAUUAUGGGGAAAAUGUUUUGUCUUAGGUUAUAGUGAUCUUUCCCUGAUAUUAAGGAUUACUUGGUUACAAAAGUACUUUUCUUUCUUGGUCCUUGCUUGGUGAAGAGAAGCAGAAGGGAGGAGAAUCGCUUGGCCCUGUAAGAGUGAUGUGUUUUUUCUAACUUAAUUUAACUUUUAAAUAUUUAAUAUUUUGGGCUUCGGAUCUAUGUUACUGACUCUGUAUUUGACUGAUGUGUGAAAUUUAAGUAAAGUGAUGGGCCUUUGCUGUGCAAACAGUUCUGUUCUUGUUUAAGAGCUUGUUCUUGAACUGCUUUUGGGUCACCAGGGAAGUAGUAAAAGGGGGGAGGAAAAAAAAUCCCUUCAUUACCCUUGUGUUUUAUUUUUGGGAGGCAUCAAAUUCUGUUCUGGAUCUGGAUCCCUUUGAGCAUUCAGGUUCGAUUGGUUCCUGUUCCAUAGAAGCAGGACUAGAAGAGAACGUUGCAAUCCGUGGAGCUUGCCCUGCGACAAUCAGUAAACUGGAGCAAAUAAAAAGGGAAUUAAAACCAAACCUUUUAAAAAUGAAAUAUUUUAGUAAUAGCUGGCUUAACUAUUUCCUGUCUUGUUUUUCCAAGAGAGAAAAAAGUUAUAAUUGUUUCCAGUCUCUAGGAGAAAUUUUUUUUCUUUGCAUGUGCUGAAUAGGCUUGCUGAAAAGACUUGCUCAUUACUCAUGGUGAGUUCAGACCUGGAGUACUGCAAAAGCUGAGUGCCCGUGCCAUUACGAGGGCUGUUUUGUACCAAGGGCCCAAACUGAGUACUGCAGGGUCAAUAGUGUACAGCGAGGUGCGUUUCUGUGGUCUGGUUAACUUCAAGUUGUGUCAGGGCCGUCCCUUUAUUGCAGAUUUAAUUGCAGACAGCAGUGUUCAUUGCUCUGGUUGCAAUGUUUGGGGAGAGCCAAACAGAUGAGCCUUCUAAUGUGAAGGCCUGAUAUCAAAUUUCAUGUCAAGAGAAGUCUUGCUAGCGGUUUGAUAGAUUGCUGCUUAAGCUGGAGUUCAAGUUUGGAUAACGAACGGUGGGCACUGAAAGCAACUUGGAUGGGCAUGUACAUUUGGAGCAGUUUCCAGAACAGUUGGCUAGCCCAAAUUCUCUUGGAAAUAGUGGGCAGUCAGGCGUGAGGAGCCUAAAUCUCUUGCUGAAUUAAGGCUGAAAUCUGUUGUAGCAGUUGCGCUCCCUGCAGUUAGGAGAGCGCUUGUUUUCUUGUACCUGGAGCAGAAUCCGCUAUUGGUUUUUACAGUCCCAAGUGUGUAUUUAACAGAAGACAGAUCUAGGCCUGGUCUAAAUGAGGCUUUACCGUGGGUUUCCUUGGAUCAUAGGUGUUCUUAAUGUGACCUUGUGUAUCUGAUGCUAUUGUGAUUUCUGUGUUGGUGUAGUGGUUCGUUUGCAAGCAGAUAGGUGGUGGGAAUGUACCUGGUGGGGAGCUUGGGAGAGUACGUUGGUGACCAGAGAUAGAGAAAUGUGUGGCUGGUCUUAGUGUGUGUGGUCAAGUUGGUGACUUUUUUUUUUUUUUUUUUUUUUUUUUUGACGUGGGUACCAUUUUGUCUGUCCUGCUUGGAAAAAGGUCUAGAAGUUGAUGCAGUUUCUGUUGCAGCAUAUUUAGAGACGGAAGAAUUGAGGGUUUUUUCCUUUUUAAGAGAGUUUAUAGGCGGGAGUCCAUUCAGUGUGUUUUGGGAUGCAAGUUAAAGCUAUGAGGAUACUUUCUGAUCACUAGCAAGACAGGAGGAAAAUGAGUUUAGGGAAACUUUUCUUUUUGGUAACAGCUUUGGACCGUACUUGCUUGUAGCCUCUGAUCCAGGUCCAUUGAAAGCAGUGGAGUGACUAUUCGUUGUGCAGCCUUUAGCCAAGUACUGAUUCUCUCAGGGCUGGUGGGUGUUUUGCAACUUGCUGGAAGCAACAUGACUCCUUAAUGUACCUACAACAAAUGUGGAGCUAGAUAUGGAAAUAGUGUCUGCAGGGUCAUAGUUUCUCCAGUUUUUGUUCAAUGAACUGGAGAUGGUGACCAGUUGAAUAAAAUUGUUUGUACAGUGAACAGCUUCUGCAAGGCUCCAAAUGUAUUUUGGCAUUUAAUAUGUUUUUCUAGAAAAUCACAUCAGAAACAUAAUAGCAAAUAUUGUCCUUCUCAGCCUCCCAAUCUAAAUUAAAAUCCAGAGAAAUGACACUUCUGCACAUACAGUAUUAUUUAUUGCUGGUGGCAAGAGUUGCCAUUAAUAGACUAGGGUGAGAUGCUCUGGUCUGUUUGAACUGGCAAAAAACUGAAGACAGACAUUUUUAGGACCAAUCCCCAAGUCUGCUAUGCAAGAAUGGCAGAUUUGAUGCAGAUUAGAGUUCUAGUUAGCAGAGUUACCAAGCAAGUUCUUUAUGGGCCAACACAAGCACAUCCUCAGUGGGGAAAAAAUAACUUCCCUUUUUAGAAUCAUAGAGUAAUAAGAUUGGAAGGGACCUCUGGAGAUCAUCUACUAUAACCCUCAGCAUAGCCCAUACAGGGAUUGAACCCAUGACCUUGGCAUUAGCAGCAGUGCACUCUAACCAACUGAACUAAACCUGCCUUUAUUUUGCCAAGUAACACUCCAAAAAUGCCCCAUGUACUUUGGCACAAGUUAUUCUGGGGACCUCUGUAAUUAUAUACCUAAUAUAUAUGGUGCUGUGUGCCUGAUUCUGCAGCUGGGGCAAUUGAAGUAGCUCUCAGUUUUGCUGUGGAUAAGACAUCUAAUAGAGCUGAUUUGAUCUUGGAGGUGAACAGCAUUUAGUAGUUGUUAAAUAGAGUUAUUCAACAACUUUUGGAGGAAAAGAAAGACUGCCUCAGGUUGAGGUCCUGGAUGUUUUUAGGGAAGGGAGUUGCCAUAAAUGUAAAAUAUCACCAGGAACUUUAUGAGUUUAAAUCUUUUUCCUAGGAUUGUUGUAGAUGCUUGUGACUGCAUCCUGGCCCGUACUAGUGGGUAUUGACAUCUUUCUGCAAAAAUGCAUAGCCGUAUGUUUCUGUGAUGUGCAUGUGUAUUGAAAAGGUUAGCAUAAUAAGAGUCUGGGAUAAGUUAUGCUUGAUAAAAGGGCUUCUGAUUUGCAUGUUUCAGAUGCACUGAAAUAUCUGGGAUGAAUCUUAUGUUCAGGUAACCAUAGCUCCUUUCCAGGCAUCUACCAUUGCACACCGUGACAACAUGCAGAUGCACCAGCCUGAGUUUUUGGACCGUGGCGGAUGCUGGUGGAAAAGGCAGUUUGGGGCACACGCUGCCACUCUGCCCUUCCUGUGCUUCAACUAUGCCAAAUUUCAGAACUCUGCCAUGGCAAAGCAGAAUCAAGCCCUUGGCAUAAUGUGUCUGCACUGUCCUACAAGGCCAUGCACUGCUGUGCCAGGCACUUGGAGCCGUUUGCUGGCCAUGCACGUGGCUCCAGGGUGAUGCAACUCGCCUCUCCAGGUGCCCAGGAUCAGCAGAGGGAGCGAGCGAUGGCCAGUUUGAAGGCAGUUUUCUCAGAGUUAUUUCAAGUUCUUUGCAAUGUGAAACUCUUAAGUUUUUUUAAAGACUCAGGCAGAAGGGACUUGCUAAAUAGACUGUACCUGUCAUCUCCCAGUUCAUUGAUCACUUGGACCAAAGGUGGUGCUAAAUCUGAUCUUUGUAAUAUUUAUGUUUUGUUGGAUUUUUUUGAAGUGUUUUAUCAAACAGAUGCAGCGUCGUUACAUGAGAAAUGGUCCUGGCUUAGGACUUGGCAACAUACACUGGACCUUCAGGGUUCGGGAUUGUUGCUUAUUAACAUUGGAGCAGGCUUGCAGUGUUCUGGGGGGAGGUGGGAAAAGGGUACUCUAUCUUCAAAUGCUUGCAGACUGUAAGAAUUGACUUGUGAUUUUUUUUUUUUGUAUUUUGUUUACAUUGCCUCUUAUGCCCUAAGGAAAAAUAAAUUUUUGACCUUUUUAAUUGUGA